GCCACGUUCCAAUUAGAACAUCGACUUCACACGACUCUCUGAGUGUAAAAAAGGCAGAUAUUUUCAACUGCAAAAUUCUACUACGAUAUUGUUUUAUUUCUACAGCUGUUCAAACACUUUGAGACCAGAAUUCCUGCAAAUAAUUUAUCAAACACAUACGGAUACAGAUAUUUGCAGACGGUUUAAUCAGUGAGAAUUUUACAUUUGGAAACAUUUUUUUCAUCAAAAACUUCUACAAGAACGAUAAAAUGGCACCAGGAAAAGCACCAGCGAUUGGAAUUGAUUUGGGUACCACCUAUUCUUGUGUUGGGGUCUUUCAGAAUGGGAAGGUGGAGAUCAUUGCUAACGAUCAAGGAAACCGGACCACACCCAGUUGUGUUGCCUUCACAGAUACAGAAAGAUUGAUCGGUGAUGCUGCAAUGAAUCAGGUGGCAACGAAUCCCAAGAACACAAUCUUUUAUGCCAAACGUCUUAUUGGGAGGAGGUUCACAGAUGACAACGUUCAAUCAGACAUGAAGCACUGGCCUUUCACCGUCAUCAAUAAAGGAGGCAGGCCAUUGCUGCAGGCAGAGUACAUGGGACUUCAGAAGACAUUGGCUCCAGAAGAAAUUAGCUCGAUGGUCUUGACCAAGAUGAAGGAGACAGCUGAGGCUUAUCUUGGCCAGCAGAUCACCGAUGCUGUCAUCACUGUUCCCGCUUACUUCAACGAUGAACAGCGACAGGCGACGAAGGACGCAGGUGUGAUCGCAGGGCUCAACGUCCUCAGAAUCAUCAAUGAGCCCACCGCUGCCGCCCUAGCUUACGGACUCGAUAAGAAGCUGAAGGGGGAGCAACAUGUCCUCAUCUUCGAUCUCGGUGGUGGUACGUUCGAUGUCUCGAUCCUGGUCAUUGAUGAUGGGAUCUUCGAAGUAAUUUCGACAGCCGGUGAUACACAUCUCGGAGGAGAAGACUUCGAUGACAGACUAGUCCAUUAUCUUGCCGAGGAGUUCAAGCGAAAGCAUAAGAAAGACAUGAGCUCCAACCCAAGAUCGCUCCGCCGCCUCCGAACAGCAGCAGAGCGAGCAAAGAGAACACUGUCAAGCAGUGCUUCAGCAUACUUCCAAGUUGACUCACUCUACGAAGGUAUCGACUUCUCCACCAGUGUCAGCAGAGCACGAUUUGAGGAGCUGUGUUCAGAUCUCUUCAAAAAGUGUCUGCAGCCAGUAGAGAGGGCCAUCGUUGAUGCUAAGAUCGACAAGAACAAGAUUGACACGGUGGUACUUGUCGGUGGAUCAACACGAAUCCCGAAGAUCCAGAAGCUUCUCCAGGAAUACCUCAACGGCAAGGAUCUGAACAAGUCUAUCAAUCCAGAUGAAGCUGUCGCCUAUGGUGCUGCUGUCCAAGCUGCCAUCCUCUCUGGUGACCCAAGCGAAGAAAUAAAAGACGUUAUUCUCGUCGAUGUGGCUCCGCUCUCUCUUGGCAUUGAAACAAUAGGAGGUGUGAUGGCAAAGCUCAUUGAUAGGAACACAACAAUCCCUACAAAGGCAACCGAAAACUUCGUUACUGUUGCUGACAACCAGUCUGCCAUUACCUUCAAAGUGUUUGAAGGAGAAAGAGCUCUGACUAAAGAAAACAAUCGACUUGGCCAGUUUCGGUUUUCCGGUAUCCCUCCUGCACCUCGGGGCGUCCCUACGAUCAAAGUCUCUUUCGACAUCGACGCCAACGGCAUCAUGGACGUCACUGCCAAGGACGAGAGCACAGGUCGUAGCGAAAAGAUCACCAUCACCAACGACAGCGGAAGGAUCUCUAAAGAAGAAAUCGAGCGUAUGAUCAACGAUGCCGAGAGAUUCAAGGCCGAAGAUGAUGCUCACCGGGAACGCAUCGCAGCCAGCAACCAACUCGAGUGCUAUGCCUACAACGUGAAGUCCGCAAUCAAUAACGCAUCGGUAGAGAGCAAGCUUAGCUCCAGCGACAAGGAAGUUGUAACAAACGCAGUUGAUGACGUCAUUACUUGGAUGGAUAGCAACCCUUUGGCAAAGAAGGAAGAAUUCUCGUUCAAGUUGAAAGAGUUGCAGAAGACAUGCUCUCCCAUCAUGGCUAAAAUACACGCAGGUAUUUACUCAGGUCAUCCCGGACAAUAAGCCAACUCAUCGUAUCAGGCAGUGGUUGGCCUACUAUUGAUGAGAUGGUUUUGCAAUAGACUUUCUUUUACAUGUCGGGCCAAGUGUAAUUUUAACCUUAAAAUUAUGGGAUAUUAGCAUGGGGCAACUCCUCCAAAAAUCAACUGGAUUAUUUAUUGUUGCUUCAAAACAGGGCAAUGAUAAUCAUUUGUCAUAAGAACAGGUUGGCCCUUUCAGAUCAAUUGUUUUAUUCCAUUAUUGUUCAAAAAAUAUUUGAUUUAUAUAAUCUGCGUCUGGGUUGUAUUGUGUAUCGACUGAAACUGAACGAGUUGCCUCAUGCAUUAACUUUGUUGUUUUUAAAAAAUAUGAGAGAUUCCACGAUUACCCAACGAGACAAUCUUCUUAUUACCAUAUUCCAAUGUUAAGAACUCUUUGUAAACAGAAAACCUUAAUUUACGCUGGCCCGAUCUUUUGGAAUUCUCUCGAUUAGUCUCACCAAGUAUGUUGCAUUUAAACGUAAUCUGAAGUUAAAGCUAGUUUUAAGUUUUAAAGAAUAUAUGUAACAUUAUGCUCAUUUGCUUCAAAUGUAAGCCAUUAUUCAUGUUUACAGUACAUAUUUUACGUUGGAAUUUGAUUUAUAGCAACCAAUGUCGCGCAAUGCUUUUAAUGCAUGAUAGCUGCAGAAUGCUAACUUCAGUGUCCCUUACUUGUGUUUGUGUUCUUGUGCUUGUCUUGUCAUGAUUGUAUUGUCUUGUUUUGUUUCGUCCCGUUUUCCCCAUCUUUUCCUUGUAUUUUCUACUUUAUGAUACAUUGUACUAUGAUAGUUUAUGUUAGGGAACCUGAAUUACAAGCUAUGCUUUCCUAAGUUUCCACCUUAAUAUAGCAAGCAAACAUUUUCUUAGUCUCUAUUGUAUACUUUUACUGCAUUGCAUGAACCAUAUGUGCAUUUCUCGUUUGUUAAUAUUUUAAUUGGAAUGACUUUGUCAAUUUUAUUUGCUGUUAUUGUGGAAAUAAAUGAAAAGAAAUGAAAAAAUGUCGGUCAAGCCACGAGCAAAUAUUUUGGACGUCAAGAGCAGCAUUUGUUCGGGCAAUAUAAGUUCAAAGCAUUAUGCCUAUUCCAGAACAUUGAAUAUUUAUAUACAUGAACAUUUUCUUUCAUUUUAAAUUUUACCCUAUUAGUAGUUUUAUUUGGUAUAAAAAUUAUUUUUCAUAGAAAAUGUUUAUGUGUAUACAUUAUGAUAUAGUGAAUAAAGUUUAUUACUGA